AUGAACGAGGGCCGAACGGGGCGGGCGGCGCCCGAGCUGCACGGUGCGGAUGGGGAGGAGCGGUGCCGCCGGCCGCCGUUCGGCUCUGCAUUGAGGCCGCUGCAGCCCGCCGCGCACCCCGCCUCGCCCCCACCCCCAGCGCCCUGGAGCCACGGCCGUGUCCCGCCGCCCCUGCGCGGGGAGAGGAGGCACUACCUGCCGCUCUGGAACAACGAGGAUCCCUACGGGGACAUCUGGGUGGCGGAGCGACCCCCGGCGCGGGUGGACGUCGACGUCUCUAAGCUGAUUUCCCUUGGUCAGCUGGAAACAACCUGGAGAAGCAGAAUUCAUUUCCGCCCACUGCUGGUGAGAGUCCUGCACAAGUCUAGGCUAAGGUACUACGGGAAGCCAGAGAAGAAAAUGGACAUGCCGUACCAGGCUUACUUUGAAGUUGCCGAUGGUUCAGGCAUGAUGUCCAUGGUUCUGUGGAAUUCCUUGUGUCCCGAAUGGUAUAACAGUAUAAAUGUUGGCACCGUGCUCCUCCUUGAACAGUAUGCUGUCAAAGACAGUUAUCCAUUUAAAACACAGCCAACCCCAAGAGAUCCACAGAUGAAGAGAUUUACUACAAUCGAAAUCAGCCUCAACGUACGAAACCCACCUACCAAGAUAAGUAUAAUUUCCGAGGAAAUGGUUAAGCCAGAGUGGGGAUUGCCUGAAGUUAAAUACCGGUUUGUUACAAGGACAGAGCUAAAUGACUUACCCAACAAUCAUUCCUGUGAUGUUAUUGGCCUUGUGACCUUUGUAGGAAGGGUGGAACGAACAAGAAAGAAAGAAGAUGGUGAAGACUUCUGGCUCUAUCGUUGGGCACAUGCCAUUGAUGGGACCUCAGACAAACCAUUCAUACUGGAAAUAUUUGCAACUUCUCAGCCAGAUGUAUUUGAGCGUAUUCACCCAAUGACAUACCUGGUGUGUACGCAGAUGAGGGUGGUACGGGAUCUCUCUGAGAAUCCUUCCCACACAGUUUACCUUACAACGUCAAAUGAAAGUCAGAUAUUCAUCACAGGGUGGCACAAGGGCCAGCCAUACACCAAGGAUACUAAAGUGAAAAACUUCAUUCAGUGGACUAGAACACAGAGUGAAGCUAAUCAAAUGAGGAAAACUGUCAUUGGUGGAUAUUAUCCUUUUCCACGACCUCCAAAUAACUUUCUGAAGUAUUGUAAAAAUAAUAAAGUUGAAUCAGUUUUGAAAGCCAUAGGAGAGUUGGGAGAAGAGAUUGAAGGUCUGCAUUACAGGGAACACAAGCGCAUUGCUAUUCAAGGAAUAAUCAGUGCCAUAAGAUACAUCAGCUGUAGCAGUGCAGCUGAAGAUGCCUCAGGAGUGGAACCUGUGCAGAAAGAUGCACAGACUCUUGAAAGUUCUCCUGUGUCAAAGCAAGAUAAUGUUCACAAGGGAAAAACAAGAAGCCUUCAAGCUGAAGAACUCGGGUCUUUUCGGGAGCCAAGUUGCACUCCUAGGGAACAGCAUCAGCAUCAAACUCAACUAUCAAAAAAGAGUACAGCCAAGAGAAGGACUCUGCACAAAUCAUGCACAGACACAGAACAGGGAACCACAUCUGUUACUUCUGUAUCCUCUUAUCCCUAUUACACGCGCUCAGCAAAAAAGAAAUUAAGCUUGAAUGAAUUUCAACAUGAAGAUUCUGUACAAGGACAGGCUCCAUCAGACAGCUCACAGUGCUGCGCAGACCAAGAAGAAAUAAACGAUACACCUGAAACUGAAGAGAUGGCAAGAACCUGCAGCUCAUGGCAGAGUGACCUGUGGGCACAAGUGAAAGACAAGUUGAUGAAAUAUUUGCAUCACAGCACGAUUUUCCCAGAAAGCAUCCCAUGUAAAUUUGAUUACAUGUACAAAGACUUACUUAUGCAACAGUACAACCUUCAUGCAGCUGUGCAUCAGCCAAAAGAAACCAGAAUAGAUAAAAAUAUCAAUGAAUUUAAAAGCACUGGUGGCCUUGGAUAUUAUGAAGUGACAGUUCUGGGUAUAAACCACGAUGUUGCAAUAGACGUUGCCUUUCUCCCACUGUUUGGUCAUGAAGAUCCCCACUUAUUUCCUGUAGAGGAAGAUGAAAGUGAUCCGUUGCUGUCUUGCAUGAGUUGCAUCUCUUGUCAGCAGAAGGCCACUGGCAAUGGAACAUUUUGUGACGUGUUUCCACUUUCAAGUGAAACUGUGAAAGCAGCAAUGGACCUCGACGGCAAACAUGUUGUCUGUAUCUUGGACGUCUGUCACCUGGGUGAUGACAAGGUAGAAGUCUUUCUGAGCAAAAUCUACAAGACAGUGGAAGCUGAUGUGCCAGAUCCAGUUUAAUUUAAUAAUUUAUUUUUCAAAAUUAGAUACUGUUGAAAAGGAGGGGAAUAAAACUGCUGUAACUUGAAUACACCCUCUACACACUGCACUUUUCUAGAAUGAGCAGACAAAAAAAUACCAUUCUUACAACAGAACAGUUGCAAUGGUCAUCCACAUAAAUGAGAAGGACAGUUGUUGCCUUAUUUGUGACAGUCAUGGAUCACAUUAUUGCACAACGUCUUGGUCGCUUGUGUUCAAGAAAGAUGAACUGGCGAUACAGUGAGCUUCUGGAAGGAGACGGAGAAGCACGACUGUGAUUUCUCUCUCUCUGCCUAAGUACACAGAAAUGUAAGAAAUGUAUGUAUUUAGGUGAGAAUUUAGAAGAGAGGUAGGCUUUCCCAAUACUAAAGGCAGUGUUUGUAAUAGAAUUAACUGGCCACAAUAAAAAUUUAGGCUGGAAAUUUAAAUUGUCUUGAGGAUAAGAACUGUUAUGUCCUGGAGUGAUCUUUCAGUGGGAGGUAAGAGAGACAGCCUAACUGCUUGCACCUUGCAGCCUUUAGUACUGGGGGCUGAACUCAGUGGUCUAAGAAGAUAUUUCAGUUCUUUUUACCUGAGCAAAGUCACCUAUAUUUCUGUAUGUCUGCUUUUGUAUGUACAAUGUUGGGGAGUGGAUUUUAAUGUAUUUUAUUUAUUAAUUUAAAAAAUGAAAUAUUAAACUUUGUUAGUGAAGCUUGCUUCUAGCUUUGCAAGAGAAAAACUUUUUAAGAAUUAUGAAACGUGGCAGGAUACUGUUUGUCACACCAUUACUUUUUUUUUUUUUCCCUGUUCACUGCUGGUACUGUCAUUUUUCUUUUUGGUAAUAGCUGAAUGAGAGAACCCAGGAGCUGCAAGAAGCUGCUGCUUCCAGAUGCCCAAGUGCUCUAAAAUCCUGUCAAUUCUUUGACUCUAUAUUAAGUAGCAGCUGCUGGCUCCUCCUCUGCUCAGAACUAAGUCCCUCCUUCUUCAUACUGGCCUCAAAUCACUUAUACAGGUGGAUUUUUAUGAGGUUAUUCUGAAGUAGGAGCUAAGACACAUUGCUAGCUGACAGCUUGUCCAUAUGAAAUGCUGGUCUCGGUUCAGUUGUUUGACAAGAAACGACUUAUAGAAGCAGAUUUGUUCUGUUGUGGAAAACUUUCCAGGUGUGUUUUAGCAGCCCAGAGCUUGGUAACUGAGAGGCAUCUCUUUCAACUACUAUGUCAUUCAUUCACUGUGAGGACAGUGGAUUUUGUCUUCGAGUCCUUCCAGUCUCUACCCUAACUUCAGUUAAUGGUAAUUGAAGAAGAAACUUAACUGCCUUUAUUACAGUAGAAUUUCAUAUGCAACUUGAUAUAUAAAGGCAUUUACUUUUAUUUAAAAAAAAAAAAAA